UAAAGGUUUGCCUCGGACGAGGAAAAGUCAAUUGAGCAUCUUGUGGAAUUUAUAGAGAGAACAAGAUGAAACAUGGUGGCAGCGGGGUCUAGAGAGAUCCACACCGCGCUCGGAUGAAGAAAGAUUGAGUGGACGGUACCGACGUGUCCAGCUAGGCUAAUUAGCCUCGGAGGUGCUAACGGCUCAGGACAGCAGGUGAGACGCUGACGAGCAGCGUGCAGCGGCGGCUACGAUGGAUGGAUUAAAGCCACCCGCACAGUGGAGCAUGGAUGCAGUUAACCUGUCUAAGGCGUGGAAGACAUGGAAAGAAGAGUUUACACUCUACACGGAACUAGCUCUGCCGGAUGCUGAGGAAAAGGCGAGAGUGAAGCUGUUUUACUAUCUGAUCAGGGAACGGGGCAGAGAGCUCUGUGGCACGCUGAUCGGAGCUGAGGCAAGAGUGACAGGAAGGACCUGAUUGGUGUCCAGAACCUGCUGAAGAAGCACCAGGCUCUGCAGGCUGAGAUCACAGGUCAUGAACCUCGCAUCAAGGCUGUCACCCAGAAAGGAGAGACCAUAGUGGAGGAAGGUAGAGCAGGUCUGGUCCUGACAUGUUUCUGAGGUGUCUGCAGGUUCUGGCUCACUUUGUUUGGGUCCAGGUCACUUCGCUGGUGAGGAAGUGAAGACUAAACUGUGGGAGCUUCAUGGACGUUGAGACACGCUGAAGGCCAAGGCGUCCCAGAGGAGGCAGGACCUGGAGGACUCUCUGCAGGCCCAGCAGUACUUUGCGGAUGCUAAUGAGGCCGAGUCCUGGAUGAGGGAGAAGGAGCCCAUCGUUGGAAGUCCAGACUACGGGAAAGACGAGGACUUGGCCGAGGCUCUCCUGAAGAAGCACAAGGCCCUGAUGUCGGACCUGUCGGCUUACGGCAGCAGCAUCCAGGCCCUGAAGGAGCAGGCCCAGUCCUGCAAGCAACAAGUGGCUCCAAUUGACGAUGAGACCGGGAAGGAGCUGGUUCUGGCUCUGUACGACUACCAGGAGAAGAGUCCUCGAGAGGUCACCAUGAAGAAGGGCGACAUCCUCACGCUGCUCAACAGCACCAACAAGGACUGGUGGAAGGUUGAGGUGAACGACCGUCAGGGCUUCGCUCCGGCUGCCUACGUGAAGAAGCUGGACCCGACCCAAUCGUCCUCCAGGGAGAACCUUCUGGACGAGCAUGGCAGCAUCGCGGCCCGGCAGGAGCAGAUCGAGAACCAGAUUCUGAUAUUCAGCACAUGGACCAGGAUUUGGAUAUUCAGCACACGGACCUUAUCACCACCCUCCAUAACCCACCUCUCAUCUCACCCAGUGCCCCAUCCACCAGGACGCCCCGCUUCUCUCCACCUCUGCUCCCUCUCCUGCGCUUCCCCCGGCUCUCUACCUCUCCCUCCUCCAGCCAACACAUACACCCACCACAACGCUGAGCUGUUGUUGCAGUUCCAACCACAGACUUAUCUGUGCACCUUAAGUUCCUCCUUAUAAAUAAAUCAUUUUUUCCAUCAGU